GGUGUCCUCCUGGGUGCGGGGACAGGCUGGAAAGCGGCUGGCGGCUCCAGGGUCCCGUGUGCCGCCGUGUUGCCGCCUGGGCUGGGCGGCUGAUGGCGGGCCGCGGGCUGGAGGCUCAGGGGAGGAGGAGCCGCGGGGCCCGGGAAGCAGCUGCGGUCGGGGGAAGGAGAGAGAGGGACAGACAGACAGACCGCUGUUGUGAGAGAAGAUGUGAAUGGGGUUGAAGACUUUGGGCGACAAAUCAAGAGAUGCAAAGAAAAGCAGGCAGAGAACUGUUCACUGUUUGCCAGAGUUUUCUGCUGGACUGGAAUUACUAAGCAGAUAUGAAGAUGCUUGGGCUGCCCUUCAUAAAGGAGCCAAAGACUGUGCAAAAGCUGGAGAGCUGGUUGAUAGUGAAGUUGUGAUGCUUUCUGCACAUUGGGAGAAGAAAAGGAAUAGUCUGGUGGAACUACAGGAUCAGCUUCAGCAAAUACCAGGGUUUUUAGCAGAUCUGGAAUGCCUCACAGCAAGUAUAGCCCAGCUAGAGGCAAACUUUGAGGAAAUGGAGAAUCAUCUGUUGUGUCUUGAGGAACUAUGUGAGCAGUGUGAGUUGGAAAGAUACAAAUGUAUGCAGACAUUACAGCUGGAAAACUACAAGAAAACAAAAAGGAAGGAACUAGAGACAUUCAAAGCUGAACUCGAUGCUGAACAUGCGCAGAAGGUUUUGGACAUGGAGCACACCCAGCAGAUGAAGCUAAAGGAGCGCCAGAAGUUCUUUGAAGAAGCCUUCCAGCAGGACAUGGAGCAAUACCUUUCCACAGGAUACUUGCAGAUAGCAGAGAGGAGAGAACCGAUUGGCAGUAUGUCCUCCAUGGAGGUGAACGUGGACAUGCUGGAGCAGAUGGACCUAAUGGACAUGUCUGACCAGGAAGCACUCGAUGUCUUUUUAAACUCAGGAAGCGAAGACAAUAAUGUGCUGUCUCCCAUGCUGGGGCCUGACUCCAGCACGUACGUGAACGAGAUCAGUCUGCAGGUGCCGAGCCAGUCCGAGUUACGGCAGAAGCUCUGUUCCUUGUCUUCCACCUGCACCGACUCCGCCAGCCAGGACGCGAGCGAAGGAGARUCCCCCGUUGUCCAGUCUGACGAAGAGGAAGUUCAAGUGGACACUGCCCUAGCUGCUUUAACUGAGAGAAAGGGUGCUUCAGAUGGCAGUGAUGAAAGUGACUCUCAAAAUAUUUGAAUCUUAAAACCAUAUCCUUUAAGAAUGACUUCUGAAUGAAUGAACAAGUGAAUGAAGAGCUUGCCUGUGUAACAAUUUGCUAACCAAGCAUAACAGCCAGAUCUUUUUACUUCGUAAUACUGCCUUUUUACAGAAUUGCCAGUCAYGUGGAGGUUGGUUUUUAAAGAAAAAAUUAUGCCUAAAGCACACACACUUUAACAUAGUCUUGGGGCUCAGGGGAGCAGUAAAACUGUUGUAUAUACUAUGUAUAAGAGAAUUAAGGGGAAAGGUAGAAGUUCCUUUGACCAUUAACCUUUAAAUGGCUGAUUGGAAGUACUUAAGAGUUGAUGUGUAAUACUGAACCCAAAUUGUUCCUUGCAUGUUUUCAGCUGCUGCAACUGAAGAUUUAGGAUCCAAACCAAAAUGGAAAGUUAUUUUCUACUCUUUACUACCUACUGUCUGCCUCCUGCCUUUUGUCUACUAAUGCAGCAGUGUCUACUGUUCUCACACUUCUUMUUCAGGACCAACUUAGUUAUAGGUGUUAAGGAAAAAAUAAGAACCCGAGAAGGAGGAAAGAUGCAUAUGGAAAUGUUACACUCCUUGUGGAGCAGGUAUCUUAGCAUUGUGUAAACUUACUCCUCUUUCGAGAUAAAAUAAAGUAUUUCUAUCCCAACUAUGUCUUUUACUUGAUUACCCAGGUAUUUUAUCUGAGAAGUGAACAGUGGAACCUAACUCAGACAAAAAAAAGCUUUUUAGGAGCACCACUGUAAUGUGCUUUUCCAUGGUAACAUCUGUUUGACUAUACUGAUGCAGGCCAGCAGUGCAAGGGAGAUAAACCUGAGGUAAUUAUUAAUUGUGUGUAUUGUAGAAACCUCAGGACCUAUAGGCAUCAUCAUUGCUGUUUUUUCUGCAGUCAUUUCUGAAUUUGAGGUCUGACCAUGUCUAACACCUGUUGCUUGUCAAGUCUCAUGCUCUGUUUGCAGGGAUCUGCUCUCCUUUGAGAAGGCUCCUGGCUCCUGCUCUUCCUGCAUGGAGGGAGGGAAUGUAAUCAGAAAGAGCGUAAGUAAAAGGAUGAGCUGUGGUGUAGAUCCCUUCCAAAGACCUGCCCUGACAAAGACAAUGGUUGGGAAUGARGCAUCUCCUGCUGCUCACCAGCUGGGAAGUGGCCAGUUUCCUUAGGGAUUCUCCUGUUAGCUGACAAAAGUGUUUCCUGACCCCUGUCUGGGAACUGAAGGCUGGAAGCUCCCUACCUACAAUUAAAAAUUUACUCUUCAACAAGGCAGCUGUUCAAACAAAUUUUUCUUGAAGGAGCUUCCUUUACUCUUUUGCUUUCCAGAAGACAGACAAAAUGUCCAAAAAAGUUUUGUUUUUUUUAUUAAACCUUGUAGUACAAACCUGGAAAGUAAACAAAAAACUGGCAAUAAACAACAUGAAGUCUUUCCUUACAAGGAAAGAGAGCAGAGCAGCGCUAAUAAAUUAAAUGUCAAACUGUAAGCCAUAGUCAGAAGUUUACUGUCAAGAGGGAAAAGUACACAGCAAGGCCAUAAAAACCAGACAACCACAUUUGAAAACACUUGACUCUGUUUAUGUUAUUGUUAAAUAUUCCAAAACAGUUCAGUCUUCUGCAACAACAACCAACAAAUUGUAUUAUAGGACUUUCCUGACAGUCACCACUGGCAAGCUCAGUGCAAUAUGGGUAGCUACGGUAUUGUUGAAUUCAAUUACGAAACAAAACAGUUUGUGAAAACAUUUUCCCUUUUUUAUUCCACACAUACUGUACACACAACCAGAAAAGGGCAACAGCUACUCGAUUAUUAUUAUUUUUUGUUGUUUUUCAGUGAUGUAAGCAGCACUUAUAAAUGUUACAAGAAAAACCCUGUAAGCAUCCAAUCCAACCGAUGAAGAAAGUGAAACGUAAGGCUUUUCUUCAUCUUGUCUCUUUGCCAUCCCUCCCCCCAC